GUGCGACAUGGAUUUGGGCCCGACGCCCCACUACGUGUUUGACCGAACGCUCGACGCCCUCUUGCAAAAGAUGAUGCCCGAGCUUGAAGCCUUGGACGCUGCCCUCGAAGCUGUUUUUUAUGCAGAGCACGGGUUCUCCAAGCAGGAGAGUCCCCGGCGCUCGAGUUCUCCGUCCACGUUGGGCAUGGCGAUACACGUUGUGCCCGAUACAGAAGCGGACGAACGCGAUCAGUUACCAGGGCUCCACCAUGCGCAGCUCAAGCUUCCCGGCCACGCAACGGUCGCCGACGUUCUAAAGCUCAUUCGAGACCAGACGCACGAAGAAGGGCGGAUUGAACUCGUGUGCCACCGCGCCGUCCUGUCGCCAGACGCCAUGUUGACGUCGGUUAAGCGAAAAUUGUGGCCCGAGUCGUCCAGAAUGGUCUGGCGCUACCGCAAAGACCGCAAAGAAGCCACCGACCACAACUCUUGAUAUGGAUGUCCCUCCGCUAAUGCCAGCCACCACUUUUUCUAUUCGCA